AUGGAAGCUUCAAAUGAACAAAUUGAUUUACGUGAAUUUGUAAGCGAAUUUUUGUCCUGGCAAAAGACCAUAAAAAAAUUAGCUAAAGACAAUUCAUACUUAAAAGUGCAGUUCACAACUAUUCAAAAGCAGCUUCAAAAGAGUCAAAUAGCUGAGAAGACGGCCAACGAGAAAUGCCUACAACUCAGGGAAAUGGUCAACAAACUCCAAACAAUUCUAGACAUUAGAAAUAACAUGCAAGACGAAAAUGUAAAGUUGAAGAAGCAACUCGUGGACGCAAAAGAAAUGGCGAUAAAUCUUGAACAGAGUCACAAAUGCCAAAUGAAUGAGGCUAUUAAGAAUUUAGAAGCCAGCCAACAAGCUCACGCAGUUGAAAUAAAAAGACUUCAAGAAAAUAAUCAGUUACAAAAUAAACGUGAAGUGUCAUUGCUGGAGAAAGAAGUUCAGGAAAAGAACGGUGAAAUAAGGGAGUUGUGUCAAAAAUUAUCAGAUAUAGAAAGAGAUAAACAUACAGAAAUUGUCAAGUUAAGACUAGAGUAUGAUGCCAAACUUCUCAAGGUUCAAAAAAGUAGUUCAAAACAACAACCAGGCUCAAAUGCGACUGCUAACAAUGAAAUUUUUCGCAAAAAGUUACAAUAUGUCAAAGUGCAAGCUGAGAAAGAAGUGGCCAUGUUAAAGAAUAAAAUUAUGGAAUUGGAGAGGAAGUUAGUGCAACAGACAAAUCAACAGGAUUUUCAACAUUUGCCUCAAAAGAGAAGGCGAUUAACAACCAUGGGAAAAGAACGAUAA